AGAACGACAAAGAUGUUUGUCUUGUGAGUGACAUUUUCUAAUACCAUAUUUUUUGGAACAUUAUUUUCCGAGACAGAAAGCAUUGCAGCUGACCCUUGACAGCGGAGAUUCGUACUGUGAGUCGGUGCCUGAGUCUGAGCUUCGAGGCACCUUUGGCUGAUCGACAUGGCUGCCCGACAGCCACGCUGGACAUGGACUACCGCAAAAACGGGGCCAAUCACGGUGGACACCACGAGCAAUUGCAUCACAAAGCGAUAGAUAUGAAGUGGUCAGAUUAUCUUUACGCAGUCUUCCACGACUUUCAUGUCUUGCAAUACUACAACUACGCUCGACCAGGAGCUGUCAUUGACGCGGAGAUCAUACCACCAGGCCUCGAAACAUACGGAACACUGCAGACCCAGCUGGACGAAUUUGGAGAGCUCUUCACUCCUCUUCCUGGUCCAGCGAAGGUCAACUGGCAUUCAGACGAUUCGCUAUUCGUCGUUUUCUUUGGUAUCAACGAUAUGGGCAGAAUGAACCGUGAGGACCUGGGCCGAAAAGACAUCAAGAACACCAGCAAAGCGCUCGCUAAGUCACUGGUGGAUUCCUGCAGACGGCUACACAAAUUAGGCGCAGAGUCCAUCCUCAUCAUGAAUCUUCCCCCGCUAGAUGUCUCACCGAAGUACAAUCUUCCCCAUGAGACGGGUGUUGAUUCACACGAGUUGAUAGGCCGAUCGGUGGUAGAAUACAAUCGAGCGCUGGCUCAGGAGAUCGCCAAGUGGAAGGAUGAAUUGGAGGCGGAGACAGAUGGACAGAAGGAGAAUCGAGCCAAGAUUAUGUUGUUUGACCUGGAAUCCUUCUGGAGCUUGGUUAUGAGGUAUCCAGAGGCAUUCGGAAUGACUGAAUGUGCGAGGUAUGAGAUGUACGUCGACCAGAAGAGGCCUAACAAGGGUCGGAUGGGAUACUGUUAUCAUGACAAUCAACACAUUAGUUGGUCAUCCGCAGAGUUAAUCGCACGGACGGUCAAUGGAUUCUUGCAUCGGCAUUCAAUAUCUUUCCAGGAGAACAAUGCGACCGAAACGGCUCUAUACGCUUAGGGCAUCCACGUCGGGCCAUUCGUCGAAAGAGGAGCCAUUUUGGGAUUUGAGAAAUGGGAACGCUGCGAAGGGCAAAGCAAAGACCAUGGGACAUCUUGGCAUAUGAGGGUAUUGAGAAAUUUGCGGCCGACGGACGACAAAUACUCGGGUCGAUGAAUGCACAUCGUAUGAUGCCAGGCUGACAGAGCAGAGCGCGUUCACUUGUAUAUGCCUUGGGAUGAGACCGCCGUCCACGUUGACCCUCUGGCAUAGGGUGGACGAAGGUGAGAGGUCUUAGACAUCCUACAUUCCUUGCUCCUCAAGACGUUAGACGGCUU